AUGGCAUCCAAUAUGGAAAUCCGCGCAUCUCCGAAUAACGAGCCCAUUCGACCAUCAAUAAGUCGUCGCUCGUGCGAUCAAUGCCGAGCAAGAAAAAUCGGUUGCGAUAGGGGAACUCCGUGUUCCAAUUGCUCCACUGCUCGUAUCGACUGCACUCACAGCAAGAUCGCGACCAGAACAUCGACCGCUCGUCAAAGAGUUUCGGUUUCAGAACAAUACGAACAAAAGAUCGAUGAUAUUUCUCGUGACGUCAAUGACAUCAAGUCGCUGUUGGCAAGCCUUGAUUUUGGCAAGACCACAUCACCACGUUCAUCAACACAGACACAGCAUCAAAACACACCGAGGCCAAAGAAUUGGGGAGCAGUGGGAGAGCCUUUGAAGAAUCGAGACGUAUCUCAGAGUUCUCCACAUCCUCAAUGGGACCAUUCGUCACAUGUCAUCAAUUUUAUUAAAUCCAUCGUUCAGCGAGGCACCUCGGGUUAUACAAGUCCAGAGUGGAGAGAUACCGUCUCUUCACUUGAGGGUCUCGUCAAUGUCUUGGACAAUCCUCAUCCAGCACGGAGUCUUCCUUCCCCAGAGCAUAUAAGUAGCAAUCGGACAGAAACCGUCCCAGCACCUCCCUUGGAAGCUAUUCUGGAGAUUCUACGCUGGGCGAAGGCUCAUGCCACAGACUUUCGAAUCUCUUGGAUCUGUAGGUUUCUCCCCUUGAUCACCUAUCAGGAAAUCUGUACCAAAGUGUAUUUUGGCGUUGGCGAACCCACAUGUGCGGAAGUGAUUAUUGCCAAUAGCUUUCUUGCAUAUGUCUUUGCUGAGUAUGCCGUCAUUUACGGAGACUCAAAGCAUAGAGAAUACUGCCAAUUUUACCGAUCGAGUCUUGGCAGUGCUCUUCUAAGGCUCCCACUACUGUUACCAGCCUCCAUGGAACUUGUCGCUGCGAUGACACUCGGGUCGUUACACAUGGUUGAAGAGGGUAGAGUGUCACAUGCCUGGACUUUAAUCUCAAACGCGAUGACGCUGUGUCAGACAUUGGGUUACCAUCGACUUGAUGGAUACUCAGUUGGUGAUAAAGAGAUGCAGACGCAGUUGUUCUGGGCUGUAUAUAGCUACGAAAACGGCCUAUCUUUACGGUUGGGUCGUUACUCUGGCAUCAGAGAUUCCGACAUUACCCUAAUCAUUGAGUCGAGCCAUCACAGAGCUAUACGAUUUGGACGGAUACAGGGCAGGAUUUACAGUCAUUUGUAUAGCCCAGAAGGCCUUGCUUCCACGGAUGAUGUACGUGGAGAGGCUGCCGGUAUCCUCGCGCAAGAAAUCCAGUCGAUUAUAGACGAGACUCAGGCGGAUAUUUCGGCAGCGUUGUGUCGAAAUUCAAUGGUUGGGGAUGAUCCUGCAAGGGUCAUUUACUUACAUUGUGACCUAGUCUGCCAGUCCUCUAUGAUGUCCAUGGUUCUCAGAGCGAUACCUUCUUCAGGAAAUACAGAUCCUAUUGACAGCUGUGUCACUGUGGCGCGUAAUACCUUGGACUUACACGGGCAAUGCAUGAAGCUUGUUGAUGGAUGCAGGGAUCCUCUGUUGAUGAAGAGAUAUAUCAGCUGGGCCGUUCUUCAUACACCUUUUUUUCCUUUCAGCAUUGUUUUUGAGCAUGCUGUACGUCACUCGAUUACACAUGAUCUUGACCGUCUUGAUCGAUUCGCUGCGUCAUUCAAGUCUGACAAUAUCAGCGGUGAGGCAACGACCCACCCACAUCGUCUAUACGAGCUCCUUAGUCAGGCUGCUCGUCUCUCUGUUCAGUUGCGUUCAACACCACGACACGAUGACUCGAUGUUACCAACUUCGAGUGACUCUGCGAUGUCCGAGCCUGGUGUCGCAGAUACCCUGAACGAUACGAUCGUUGAUGAUAUGAUGCUCCCCAGUGGACAAGAUGCAACGUUUAAUGUCGGUGACUGGUUCUACAGUAAUCAGCAGUUUUUGCGGCUACUUCAUGAGGACAUAGCAUACUGA